UGUACCUUCAUUUAGCUCAAUAGUACUCAAGGGUGAAAUUAGCGCAGGAAUGGCCGAGCGCACAAAAGCUCCUGACUUCACGUCACUGCUCUCCUUAAUUUCCUUCAAACAAUUAAUGAAGAUAAUCAAAUUAUACAUUAUAGGUUAGAAUCCAAAGCUGUUACUACGCAGGCAUACAUCAUUCAAGUCAAAUUGAAAUUACAAAUUUCAAGGUCUUGAGAUAAUAUUCGUUUCUUGAUGAGAAUUAUCAAAAUCUGCUGGUUUUCCUUUCGAAAACAUUCAGAAUACUCUCUAAAGGAAUAUGCAGAUUAUAGUGGUGAAAAAUCGAGAUGAUGUCAUCUCAAAAUUAAUGAAUCUAAUUCAAAACAUUUCUGAAGAGUCGAUAACUAGUAAUGGGAUUUUCACGGUUGGUUUAUCAGGUGGGUCUCUUGGUAGUUUUUUAGCUACUGGUUUACCAAAACUACAGUCUGAUUUCUCCAAAUGGAAAUUAUUCUUCUGCGACGAAAGAGUAGUUCCUGAAGACAAUAAUGACUCCACUUUUGGUUUUUAUAAGACCGCCCUCCUAGGCAGUACUAAACUGAAAGAAGAGCAAUUCAUAAAAAUUAAGCAAGGAGUGUCAGCCAAUGAAGCUGCAGAAGACUAUGCACAACAACUGCAAAAGCAUUUUCCUGAUGGAGAGAUACCGAGAUUCGAUCUUCUAUUACUCGGAAUGGGACCUGAUGGACACACAUGUUCACUAUUCCCUCAUCACCCACUUCUCAAAGAAAAGGAAAAAUGUAUUGCUGCAAUCACAGAUUCACCCAAAUCUCCACCAGAAAGAGUAACAAUGACUUUCAAAGUGAUAAAUAAUUCCAAAAAUUGUAUUUUUGCCAUGUGUGGCAAGGAAAAAGCAACAAUGACCAAAAGAAUACUACAAAAUAAAGAAGAUUUACCAGCAACACAAGUGAACCCAACAAAUGGUGAAGUAUAUUGGAUUUUAGAUGAGGAAGCUGCUAAGGAAAUAAAAUAGAGAAUUUGAAAUAUUUUAUUUUUAUAAAUUACAUAGGAUUUUCAAUAAAUAUUGUUUAUUAAAAUAUUAA